AUGGUCUUGAAAGGAAUUUCGCCCGUCAUCUCCCCCGACCUCCUCAAGGUCCUCGCCGAAAUGGGCCACGGCGACGAGAUCGUGCUGGCCGACGCCCACUUCCCGGCCCAUUCCAUCUGCCCACCUCACAUUCCCGUCUUGAGGGCUGACGGCAUCACCGUCUCCAGACUCCUUGCUGGAAUCUCCCCCCUCCUCGAGCUCGACAACUACGGCGUCGUCCCCGUCAUCAUGAUGGAGGUCGUCAAGGGCGACACCUUCGACGCGAGCGUCGAGAGCGACUUCAGGAAAUCGCUCAAGUACGACGGCGAGAUUGAGAAGCUGGAGAGGUUUGCGUUCUACGAGAGGUCCAAGAAGGCUUUUGCGAUUGUCUCGACGGGCGAGACGAGGAAGUAUGGCAACAUCAUUCUGAAGAAGGGUGUUACACCUAUUGCUGAGGGGAUUUAA